CCCUCCUCGUCUGCGGUUUAGGGACAAGGGAGAACCCUAUUGUGCGAGACGAUAUUACAAAUGCAGAAUUUUGGACCCCCUCCAUCCCUACCUAUCGAAUCCUGAUCUGCAUUUCAACAGGAUUCCCACGCAAGUCCCCGUUUGAGGUGCGUCACUUUAAUGGACCAAUCCUUGUCCUAGGACCACAGCGCCUGUUAUACUCUGACAGUGACAACAGCUGAGAAAUGACUAUGGAGUUGGUACGGAAAGAGGUAAGAAAAACUCUGCGAAUGAGAAGCACCUAGCGAGACCAAAGAAUUCCCUCGGUCGUUCCCAGUCCGGAGGAAAACACCCGGGCAAGCCCUGACCUUAACGGGUCGCGGCGGCUCCAGCUUCCGGGCCCGCGGCCUUGUGCGCAUGCGCGCGCCUCCCGAGACUGCGCUGUCUCCGUUUCUCCCAGACUGGCCCGCCGGGGGCUUUCCAAGUUUCGGGUCGCCGAAUCCUGGAAGUUUGAGGCUCCGUUUCUAUGAAAAUUGAACUGUCCGUGUAGUCAAGAAACCUGGGCUUACAGCACUGAGCGGCGCACAGCUCGAGACAGUUGGGACUCUCUUGCCUACCUCAUUAGACCUCUAUUAGAGAGCAUCACAUUUUAUCACUGUAAAGUCUGAGUGGAGGGAGAGUUUAUGAAGAGACAGAAGAAGCAGAAUCCAGAUAUAUAUCCUGAUCCUCAGACUAAAUAGAGAGCUACAGGAAAGCAUGAAGGAUAAAGCUCAACAUAUAGUGCUGUGCUAUAAAUUUUUACUGAAGACGAGGAAAAAUACCAUGAAGAUACCACUGACCUAAAUAUUAAUGAUUGUGUUUGGUUUCACAGAGUAAAAUUUCUUGGAGAAGAAACUUACAGGUGUCCAAAAAUGAUUGAGAUAGAGCAGGCGGAGGCCCAGCUGUCUGAGUUAGAUCUGCUAGCCAGUAUGUUUCCUGGUGAGAAUGAGCUCAUAGUGAACGACCAGCUGGCUUUAGCAGAACUGAAAGCUUGUAUUGAAAAGAGGACAAUGGAGGGACGAUCUUCAAAAGUUUACUUUACUAUCAAUAUGAACCUGGACCUAUCUGAGGGAGCAAUGGUGAUGUUUUCUCUGGCCUGUAUUCUUCCCUUUAAAUACCCUGCAGUUCUGCCUGAAAUUACUGUCAGAUCAGUAUUAUUAAGUAGAUCCCAGCAGACUCAGUUGAACACAGAUCUGAGCACAUACCUGCAAAAGAAUUGUCUUGGAGAUGUGUGCAUACUGAAUGCCACAGAGUGGGUUAGAGAACAUGCCUCUGGCUACGUCAGCAAAGAUAUCUCAUCUUCCUCCAUCUCAGUAAGCACAGUCCAGGCAGUCGAUCUCAUCCUCACAAGACUCUGGAUCUACAGCCAUCAUAUCUACAACAAAUGCAAAAGGAAAAAUAUUCUAGAGUGGGCAAAGGAGCUUUCCCUGUCUGGGUUUAGCAUGCCUGGGAAGCCUGGUGUUGUUUGUGUGGAAGGCCCACAAAGUGCCUGUGAAGAAUUCUGGUCAAGACUCAGAAAAUUAAACUGGAAGAGAAUUUUAAUUCGCCAUCGAGAAGACAUUCCUUUUGAUGGUACAAAUGAUGAAAUGGAAAAGCAAAGGAAAUUUUCUAUUUUUGAAGAAAAAGUGUUCAGUGUUAGUGGAGCCAGAGGAAACCACAUGGACUUUGGCCAGCUCUAUCAGUUCUUAAAUGCCAAAGGAUGUGGGGACGUUUUCCAGAUGUUCUUUGGUGUGGAAGGACAAUGAGCAGAAGAGGAGUUGAAAGUACUUUGUCACUGUUGGCUUUUUUUUCUCCCAUUUUUUUCUUGAAAUAUUAAGUAAUUUUAUUUUAGCUCAAUUGUAGAUUGCUGAGGGGAGGGAACUAGUAUAGCUGGAAUGCAUCUGUUAAAAAUAUGUCAUGACUAAAACUAGAAUUGAGUUUCAAAUGUUAAUCUUCACAUGAGAAAUCAAUUAUCUGUAAAGGUAAUAUUGGCAGUGCAACUUGCCAGCCAUUCUCAACCCCUUUUUCCCAUAUCUAUUUCUACUACAGGUGCAGUUAGGUCAUUUCUUCCCCCUUUUUCUGCCAUAAACAUUGAAAUGAUGGCUAGAGCUGGAGUGGUCCUUUCACUCUCUUUUAGACAGAUUCUCACUAUGCUGCCCUG